AUACAAUAGAACUGGUGACCAAUUUAAUCAAUUUAAUCAAAAAUCGAAAAUUUGAAAUGAUCUGUCUCCCAAUGGACAGAUGAUAGUGCUUCAAACCUAUUUUUCACAUUGAAAAUGGUCAAUUAUCAUUUCGUGAUAGCUGUACGUAGACAUAAUUGAAGAUCCAACAUGGCAUCCAGAAAAAAGAGAAAUGUACAUAAUUUACCAGAAUCUCGACGUGAUGAGGACGAAGAUGACAUCCUUGUGUUUGGAUACGCCUGCAAAAUAUACAGAGAUGAUGAGAGGGCGCUGUAUAUCGAAAAAGGUCACCACCUGAUCCCAUGGAUGGGCGAUGAAAAAUUCAGGAUAGACAGGUAUGACGGGCGAGGCUACCUCCAUGACCUCAGAGAGCAUGAUGCGGAAGGCAACUGGGGAGGGAAAGAUUACCCACUCUCAGGUGAAGAAGCAAGAAUUGAAGCCUUAUGCGAUGAAGAAAGAUAUCAUGAUCUACACUCAAGUUCUUUUGACAGGGAUGCAUAUGAAGAGGAAGAGAUCAAGAGACUUAACUAUGCCAUAAACCAAGAAGGCGGCUAUAAGGAAGUUGGAUUUAGCUAUGAUAACAAUCAGUAUGACCCCUCACAGCCAACAGAUGAACAGAAUACAGCCCCGAGGCCACCAGUGGAAUAUGAGGAACCCUUUGAGGCAAUAGCAGAGCUUCAGAUCCCUUCAGGCAUGGAACUGCCAACAACUGUCAAAACAAAUGCAAUAAUAGAGAAAACAGCGAAGUUUGUGGCAUCCCAGGGGAAUCAGAUGGAGAUUGUUAUUAAGGCAAAACAAGCCAAUAACGAACAGUUUAACUUUAUGAACUACGACCAUUAUCUCUACCCAUACUACAAACAUCUUUGUAAGAUGAUCAAGUCAGGGAAAUAUAAACCUGAUGAAGUUAGAAAAAGGAAAAAAAGUGGCGAAGACGAAGAAGAUGGUCUAUCACACAGUGGGUACCUACACCCAAGUCUUGCUCCUAAAUCUGCAGUACCUCCAGAGACCCCAGUGACAUCUAUCCUGAAUGCCUUACCUCCAGGGCAGAUUCACGGAACAGCAUAUGCAAAACUACUCGGUAAUAUUAAGAAGACUCAAGAAUCAGGAAGAAAUUCUCCAAACACUAAGAGCAUACCUCAGAAAGAAAGGAUUCCAAAGGAGCCUCAUAUCCCCAAACAGGAGCAGUACCCCACUCAGGAUAGUUCCUAUCCCCCUCUUGAUGGUUCCUACCCCCCUCAGGAUGGCGCUUACCCCCCUGAGUACAACUACAGUCAGGGUGAUUAUUACGAUCAGGGCUACCAUGAUGCAUACAGAUACGGCCCCAGUGUGGAAGGACCCCAGGGAGCCUACCCCGGUAUGCCUCCCAUACCAGGCAUGGAGCCAGUGAUUCUACCCACAAAUAAUCAACCCCCACCCCCUGGGACAGUCCCUGAAAAGCCUGUGAAGGAGAAGAAAAAAACAGUCCCAAAGAUACAACCUCCCCCUCCAGACCUCCAGCCAAUCAUAGACAGAAUGGCCAACUAUGUUGCAAAGAAUGGCGAUGAAUUUGAAUUUACAGUUAGGAAUAAACGUGAUCGUGAUAAACGCUUUGGGUUCCUUGAUGACGACAAUGAACACCAUCCAUAUUAUUUAAACAAGAAACACAUCUUCAUUGAGGAGAUGAGAAAGGAGGCUGAGAAAGAUGGAGAUACGGAUGAAUCAACUGAUAAGAUGUCACUCUCUGCAAAAGGUGUUAGCUUCUCUAUAAAGACUAAGGAACCAGAGACGGUUGAACUGAAGCAGAAAAGUGCCUUUAAGGACGACAGUAGCGAUGACGAGGAGAGAAAAAGGCGGGAAAAAGACCAGCCUCAUUCUGAAGAAGAGGAUACCUCCGCAAACGAUGCCCAAUCAAACGAUGAAGAAGAAAAUGGUCUCCAUGGUGCUCGAGUUGUUGAUAAAACACAAUCAUCUGAUACUGAACGAAGACAAGCUGAAGAAAAACUGAAAGACAAACUGGCCGCAGCUGCUCGUGAAAAACUAGCACGUGAGAAACAAGAUGGCGGUGGCCAAAAAGAGAAACAACUUCAGUCGGAGCGUAAGAGAAAAGCUGCCAUGUUCCUACAGAUGUUAAAAGGUGGCGCUACUGAAGACACAAAAGAAGAAGGAAGUUCUCUCCCAUCAAGCACCCCAAUAGGAAGCAGGUCAAACAGCCCAAGCCUGAAGUCAGAAAUGCUGAAGAAAAUAUACAAGGAAAAAUCUCCUGUAUUGUUAAAAACAAGCAAGCGGAUAUCAAGGUCACGCUCAAGGACACCCAAGAAAAGACGGAAGAGAUCUAAAACGCCACCUAGUUCUUAUAGUAUUGUCAGAAGAUCUCGCUCAAAAUCACCUUUAAGGCACAACAAAGUAAGAUCAAGAUCAAGGUCAAAAAUGAGAUCGAGGUCAAGAUCAAAAAUGAGAUCUAGAUCCCGAUCAAGAGAUCGAAUUAAAAAAUCCUCAAGGAGGAAAACUAGAAGCAGAUCCAGGGAUAGAAAAUCAAAGAAAUCAAAAAGAUCAAGAUCCCGAGAUAGAAAAUCUAGGUCGAAAAGAUCAAGAUCGAGGUCAAGGUCAAGAAAGAAGAAAUCAAGGAAGCGCUCAAGGAGUAAAGAUCAUAAGAGGAAGAAAGCCAACUCAGAUGAAAGUGAUGUCGACUCUCCUGUGCUUGUCCCAGACUCAGAUGAUGAUGUCAUAGAAGUGAAGGAACUACGACUUCAGCCAUCUGCAGAACCCAAGGCUGAUAAGUCUGAUAGUUCUGAUACAGGUGCUACAGGGAGAUCAGUCGAUACAGCACUUCUGAGUAAGGUGCGUGCCAUGCUUAAAGCCAGUAGACAAACAAUACUGAAGGAAGAAAGCAAUUCAUGAUAGGACGUACUAUAAUAUAUGUGGGAGGGACUACAACAUUUUUAUAUGGACACAUCUCAUAAAGAGAACAAUUCUCUAAACAGAACACUUCCCUCGAUGGAUCGCUCCUCUAAACAGAACACUCCUCUAGACAGAACACUUCUCUACAAUAAAUACCCUUGAGGAAAGCAGUGUUAGAUUGGAUAUAUCUGAGACUCAAAUCCUUGUGCGUGAAUAGUUUUAUACAAAGCUCAUCACUAAACUGAAUACCUUUCUGGUAAAAGGAAAACAAUUCAUGAAUUUGUUCUUAGUUUUGUGAACCCAUGAUACCACAUUGCAAUACAGAUUUCCAGAUUACAUAGAGCAUAAAUAUAUGUUCUUUUUGUCAGCUGUUCUGUUUAAAUACUGAUUGUCUCAAAUUUAUUGGUUUGAUUUUGUGUUAUUAUUUUUGUCGUAAUAAGAUUCGGCAAAACUUAAAAUGUGUCAGUAUUAUCAAAAACUAAAAAUUAAGCAGCACUAACAAACAAGCGCAGUAAUAAGAGAAUAAAUGUUCGUUAAUCUGUGAGACUGAAAUACAGAAAUUAUUUCUACAUGAUAAUGUGAUAUUAUGAUUAUUGUUAUUUUGAAUUUGAUUUCUGUUCAUAUUUUUAAUUUUGUUUUUAAUUAAUGUUGUUAAUGCAGACUAGUUUGUCAUCAUGAAAACGGUUAAGAUGAGAAAAUGAAAAAUUCUCUCAUAUUUUAUUUACAUUAUUUUUGGGGUAUUAUAGAAGCUCUCACUCUCUUUAGUUUUAUUUUAUUAAUAUUAUACCUUAUUUUGAUAGACCCCCACGUUUAAUUCUUAAUAAAAACUUAUGAGUUUUGAACUUAGGAUUGGAGUAAGAUAAUGGCCCUUUAAUAAUCUAAGAGGUUUGAUUUCAUGUGUCAUGCCACAUCUCUCAUUAUAAUUUGUCUGUCGACCUUAAUAGCUUUUUUGAAUGUGUCAAAAAUAUUUUUGUAAAAACUAAAUUUUUUCUAUGAAUGAAUAUUAUAUAUUCACUUAUUAAAAUGUACACUGUCUUUAAAAGUG